UUCCUUCUUUGCAGAGUUUGUCCGUCUAUAUACCCUAUGAUCAUAGUGUACCCUAUGAUCAUAUAGAUGGGUUUGUGAUAGAAACUCCUGAUUUAAAGUAUUUUAAACUUAGGUUCCGUAGUUAUGAUGACGACUGCUGUUUGACUAUCAGCAUGCCUUAUCUGAUUGAGGCACAUAUAGAUGUUGAUCUCGACUUUGUCAAGAGUGUUCUUGGAGUAAGCACAUCUGUCAAGGGUCUUAUUGGAUCAAUCACAUCUGUCAAGCGUCUUACAAUAUGCUUACAAUAUGUUCACAGACUAUGCUUGAUGAAGGUUUUGUCUUCAAUCAGCUUGAACAUUUGGAUCUAUGUUUAUGCCCAUCGUUGUUCCCGGGUCAACUUGUCCGGCUGCUCAAAGCUUCUCCUAAGUUAAAGAGACUAGACAUUUUCUUAACGGAUCAUCACAGUCCUCGAGUUAUGGAUGAAUGGAAUCAACCGAGUACUGUUCCUGAAUGUUUGUUGUCGAGUCUACAAAGUCUCUGGUCGGAGUACACAGGAGAACCAAAGGAGAGAGAGAUUGUUGUCUACAUUUUGAAACAUGCUGUUCACUUAGAGACUGCAAGAAUCAAGUCAUCAUCUGAAUCAGCUGUUCAAAAAUUUGAGAUGUUGAAGGAGUUGUCACGUUCUUCUAGAGCAUCAACAACAUGCGAAUUUGUUGGGGAUGGAUUGUAACCAUCCCCAAAGUCCAGCGAACAGAAGGGCCAUUACCAUUAAUUGGGCAAAGAUCGGUUCGGAAGCCGGCUCCCAGUGAGCCGAGAUUCGGCUCGUGACUACUUUAGUCGAACGACGAGCGACCAAGAGGACUCUGCUCGACUACUCGGGCUGAACAAUGGACCUAAUUAGGCCUUUAAGUCCAAAGGCCCAUGAGAAAGGCGACGAACUAGAUUAAUGACAACCGACUUAAAAGACUAUAUAAGGAAUUGAGGACAGGAAGAAAGGGCAUCACUACUUUGACACACAGACUUGCAGCUAGAUUAGGGUUUCCAUUACUCUCAUUGUAUCUCGCCGCUCUCUUGUACUUCCGGCUAGAGGCUCUCCGAGCACCGACUAGCCGGCUUUUUUACUCUUGUAUCCUUGUUAUUCCGACUCUAAUAAAACGUCUC